AAAAGUUGAAAGUUCACCAGAAACGUUUCUCAAGCCUGGACAGUAAACACUUCACGUCUUCGGUAGUCAAAGCUGCUUAAAAAUUAUAUAUAUAUUACAUUAUUUAAAAUAGGCGGAAGGUGAAUUAUUUCCUCAACAUAUUUAAAAUCUCUCGAGCGGAAGACGAGCUUGUUAUUUCAUAGCAUAUAUCUUGAGCUGUGUUGGCAAUGACAGCUAUGUAAUAGCAACUUUUCAAAGAGGUCACAUAAAGACUGGCGAUUAUUCUAGCAUAGUAUGCACGUGAUUAAAACGACGCGAUAAAUUAUGGCAGCGCUGCUUUUGCAUCAUGCUAGCAAAUGUUACAGUAAACGCGUUUGGUCGCUGUCGUCUCGUUUCCACUGCAUUCAAAGCAAGAAGAUCGAGAUCAACGUGACUCCAAACAGAAGAGGUCUAAAAUCAGGACACAUUCAGGACGGUGCACCUCUGAUCCCAAGGCUGGUUGGACUUAAUUUCAAAUGUGGACAAACUUUCGUCACACAGCCUGCGAGGUUGUGGAAACUUUUAGGUGCGAUACAGUAUUUCAGCACAUCCAACAGAAGACAUGAAAAGAACGAAGGAGGAAAAGGCAAACCCCCUGAGGAAGACGAAGAAGAGAAGAAGAGACGUGAACAGGAGGAUCAGAUGUACAGGGAGAGACUGCGCACGCUGUUUAUAAUAGCGGUCAUCAUGAGCUUGCUUAACUCUAUCAACACCAGUGGUGGGAACAUAUCCUGGAAUGAUUUCGUGAAUGAAAUGCUGGCCAAAGGCGAGGUGUCGCGAGUACAGGUGGUGCCAGAAAGUGACAUUGUUGAGAUCUACUUGCACCCAGGAGCGGUCAUCUUUGGCAGACCAAGACUUGCCCUGAUGUACCGAAUGCAGGUGGCCAAUAUUGACAAAUUUGAGGAGAAGCUUCGAGCAGCAGAAGAAGAACUGAAUAUAGAUACCAAAGACAGAAUACCAGUCACCUAUAAGCGCACAGGCUUCUUUGGAAAUGCCUUGUAUGCGCUUGGCAUGGCUGCCAUUGGUGUCGCAAUCCUAUGGUACAUCUUUCGACUGGCGGGAAUGGGCGGCAGAGAUGGCGGCUUUAGUGCAUUCAAUCAAUUGAAAAUGGCUAAAUUCACUAUCGUCGAUGGAAAGUCUGGAAAAGGAGUGAGCUUCAAAGAUGUGGCCGGAAUGCACGAGGCCAAGAUGGAAGUCAAGGAGUUUGUUGACUAUUUGAAGAAUCCAGACCGAUACCUUCAUCUCGGGGCCAAGGUACCCAAAGGCUCUCUGCUCCUGGGGCCACCCGGCUGUGGAAAGACUUUGCUGGCCAAAGCGGUGGCAACCGAGGCUCAGGUGCCAUUUCUUGCUAUGGCAGGUUCAGAGUUUGUUGAGGUGAUCGGAGGUCUUGGUGCCGCAAGGGUGAGAAGUCUUUUUAAAGAAGCCCGUGCCCGAGCGCCGUGCAUCGUCUACAUCGAUGAGAUCGAUGCCGUGGGAAAGAAACGGUCCACUAACAUGUCUGGCUUCUCCAACACGGAGGAAGAGCAGACCCUUAACCAGUUACUAGUAGAGAUGGAUGGAAUGGGCACCACAGAUCACGUGAUUGUCCUGGCUUCCACCAACCGAGCGGAUAUUUUGGACAAUGCACUUAUGAGACCAGGCAGACUUGAUAGACACAUAUUUAUAGACCUGCCAACUCUUCAGGAAAGAAAAGAAAUCUACGAGCAACAUCUGAAGAUCUUGAAGCUUACUCAACCAGCGGACUUCUACUCUUUGAGACUGGCUGAGUUGACACCAGGCUUCAGUGGGGCUGAUAUUGCAAACAUCUGUAAUGAAGCUGCCCUGCAUGCAGCCAGAGAGGGAUACAAAUCAAUCGACACCUUUAACUUUGAAUAUGCAGUGGAGAGAGUCCUCGCUGGGAGUGUAAAGAAGAGUAAAAUUUUGUCUAAAGAGGAGCAGAGAGUGGUGGCUUUCCACGAGUCCGGUCAUGUUAUAGUAGGGUGGUUACUGGAACACACCGAAGCUGUUUUGAAGGUCUCAAUAGCUCCCAGGACGAACGCCGCUCUGGGCUUUGCUCAGAUUCUGCCGAAAGAUCAAUAUCUGUUUACCAAAGAGCAGCUUUUUGAGAGGAUGUGCAUGGCUUUGGGCGGACGAGCCUCAGAGGCCAUCACUUUUAAUAAGGUCACCACAGGUGCACAGGAUGACCUGCGAAAAGUGACACGCGUCGCCUACUCAAUGGUGAAGCAGUAUGGCAUGAUAGCAAGUGUGGGUCACGUGUCCUUCCCUGAGUCUGAGGAGAAGGGAGGUAUUGGACGUCGACCUUUCAGCCAAGGCCUCCAACAGCAGAUGGACCACGAAGCAAAGAUCUUAAUAGCGCAGGCCUAUAGGCAAACUGAGAAAUUACUCUUGGAUAACAGAGACAAGCUGAUUUUGCUGGCUAAUACCCUGCUGGAGAGGGAGGUGGUGAACUAUGACGAUAUUGAAGCUUUGCUCGGACCUCCUCCAUUUGGACCCAAGAAGAUGAUCGCUCCUCAAAGCUGGGUGGAGGCUGAAAGAGAUAAGCAAGACACUGGUGAAGAUGAGAGACCCCAGAGACCCAUGCGUAAGGAGAAAGACGAUGAGGAUGUCAACCUGAACCCAGUCUGAGGCUUGCAAACACAGUCCCAGUCUUUGAUGGUCACACUUGAAAGAUCAAAAUGAGGGAAUAUGCUUAAGGUUUGAUUUGUAGUUGGCUUUGAUUUAAAAUAGUAACAUAUGUACAUAGUUUAUUUUCCACGCUGUUCAUUUUGCCAAAUGUGUCCAGGACAUAGAAACAAAAAAAUGUUUGGCAGCGAGAUAUAGUUGGUAUUUCUGUCUUUUUUGUGCACUUAAACAAGAUAUUAUUAUCCAGACUGCUGACUAGGCUGAAAUUUUGGUAUUGUUAAAUCAGGUGUACAUUAGAGAAAUGUCCAUGUCAGUGAACAUGAAAUAAUAAAUUAUUACAUUUGUGAUGAA